AUGCCUUCCGAAGCUACAUUUUGCUACGAUGACAAGUUACCAAAACAACCUGUACCAGACUUACAAGGAUCUCUAAAGAAGUAUUUAGCCUCUGCUCUUCCUAUGGUUAGCGAUGAACAGUAUGCAAAGACAGAAGCUCUUGUCAAAGAAUUUGGCAAGCCAGGAGGAAUCGGCGAACAGCUUCACCAAGUUGUUGUGGAGAAAGCAAAAACCACUAAAAAUUGGUUAGCCGAUUGGUGGACUGACGCUUAUUUAAAGUCAAGACAACCAGUCGUGUUGACCUCCUCGGUUGGUGCUAUUAGUGGUUAUGAACCAGUCCAGACGGAAGACGAAUAUAUAAACCUUUCCGCUAGAGCAGCCGUCUCUUUAGCAACAUAUUACCAACAAAUAUACCAACAAACCUUACCUGUGUAUAAAGCGGGUGAAACUAUAUUUUGUAUGCAUCAAGCCAAGCAUUAUUUUGCUAGUGGUAGAAUUCCUAGACAGGAUAGGGAUGAUUUUGAAUACCAAAAACUUGACGAUGAUCUUUCUACUCACAUGAUUGUUUCCCAUAAUAAUCAGUUUUUCGUUGUUGAAGCAAUCAAAGACAAUAAAGUUGUUUCGUAUGCCGAAAUGAAAAUGCAAAUUCAACGAAUUAUGCAAAUGUCAACGGAAAUAGCAGAACCUGUAGGUAUACUAACAACAGCAGAUCGUGAAACGUGGGCUAACGCCCUUCGACUUUUAAAUCAAGAUCCUGAUAAUUAUCGAAAUUGGCGUACUAUUCAUCGUGCAAUCAUUGUCUUAAGCCUAGAAACGAAAAAAGUUGAACCCAGUGUUCAACCAGAUCAUCCAGAUUAUAUGGAUGAAUUAUAUAGUAUAUUUACGGCUAACGGCUUACAUGGAUAUGGCACUCAGUUCAACAGUGGAAAUCGAUGGAAUGAUAAAGUUCUCAAUUUCUCGGUAAAUGGAUAUGGAUGUUUCGGCUUAGCAGCGGAGCAUUCAAAUAUAGAUGGAGUUCCAAUCUUUCAGCUCGUUUAUUUGAUAGAACAUUAUAUGUACGUAUAUACCAGUCAGUCUGUUUCACAAGAAGUUUUAAACCAAGUUGAACAACCGAAGAGAAUUGAGUGGAAAUUAAAUGAUGAAUUACAUCAAAUUAUUCGACAAACAGCUGAGAAAUUUGAUAAAGCUGUGGAGGAUGUCAACCAACGUGGUAUGAUCUUUGACGAUUAUGGUAAAGAAUUCAUAAAAUCCAUUAAAAUGAGCCCUGACAGCUUUAUACAAAUGGCUCUCCAAUUGACAUAUUACAUACUUGAGAAUAAAUUACCGAAUCAUUACGAAAGCUGUUCAAUGGCUCGUUAUACUUAUGGUAGAACGGAAACUAUUCGCUCGACUACAUCCAAAUCAAAAAUACUCUGCGAAGUUUGGGUAGAUCCUAAGUCGACGAUAAACGAUAAAAAAGUUGCUUUCAUUGAGGCUGUAAAAGCCCAUAGUCAGCUAGCUAAGGAGACUGCAAUGGGUAAAGCUUGGGAUAGAAUUAUGUUCGCAAUGGCAACUGUAGCUUCAGAAAAAGGUCUUCCCCAGCCAGAAAUAUUCAGCGAUCCUGCUUUUCAAUUAAUGAGUCAAUUUCAGCUUUCAACCAGUCAGGGCACAUAUGGACCAUUUUCAAAUUCAAUAUUUGCAGCUGUAUGUAAUGAAGGCUAUGGUGUAUCUUACAAUAUACAACCGGAUCGACUUACUUUCACUUGUAGUAAUUUUAAUAGUUGUGAGAGAACGUCUAGUAAGAAAUUUCUGAAUUCAUUACGACAGUUUCUUCGCGAUUUCAAACAACUGGUAACUAGCAGUAAGUAA